AGUCGCGUUCCAUAUGUGCUGACUUUUCCUGAGUCGGAUGGUGCUGCUGUAUGACUCGCUAAGUAGCUGCCGGAACAGCAGAGCAUAGGAAAUGGAAGAUAAAGUGACCAGUCCAGAGAAAGCUGAAGAAGCAAAACUAAAAGCAAGGUAUCCUCACCUGGGACAGAAGCCUGGAGGUUCCGAUUUUUUAAGGAAACGCUUGCAGAAAGGGCAAAAAUACUUUGAUUCUGGGGAUUACAACAUGGCCAAGGCAAAGAUGAAGAACAAGCAGCUGCCUGCUGCGACUCCGGAUAAGGCCGAGGUCACUGGUGACCACAUUCCCACUCCACAGGACCUUCCUCAGCGGAAACCAUCCCUUGUCACAAGCAAGCUGGCUGGCUGAUUUAAAAGAGCCGAACUGCAUGGAUCUUCUCAUUCCCUUCAUUCCUCCUUCCUUAACUGUGACUUACCCGCUUUCUACUUCCUUUCGUUCACUAAAUCGCUCGAGACCGACAGCUUUGCAGGUAGCAGUAGUAAGUGCUGCCAGGGUAAGGGCACAGACACGCGUAGAGGUUCCGACUCGCUCACCACUGAGCUGGUGAGAAGGACAUGUGAGCAACACACGCCAUCUACUUGAAAAUAACUGUCUAUGUCACCUCACCCCAGAGCAGGGCUGGUUCCAGCAGGUAACAAGCAAGUUCCACAAGCCUGUUCUGACCCCUUCCCUCAUCUUAGCGAUAGCUUUGUGUGUCACUCCUCUUUAACAUUACUCUUUUAUAUGAUUUCUUCUUUAAGUUCCUUUUGGAUUUUGUAAAACAAAAGUUUAAGACCACAAGUUAGAAGAAAGGCCACAUAAUCAAACACGAAGAGAGGGGAACUCUGAAGGAUUCGUAUGAACCUGAAUGGCCUUAAACCUGUUUCAGCUUUCACAGUAGCAUUCUGCUUGGGCAGUAUGGGCCCUUCUGGUGUAGCUUCCGUGACGCAGUGUUUCCAGCUGCCGUGGGGGCUGCGCUCCUUUGCAGCUCUGCAGCAUCAGAACACCCUCCUCGGAGAUGUCAGUGAAGUAGGCAUGUGCAUCGCCCGUGGGAUUCACUUUUGUGCCAUUUCUGUAAAUACAGUAGUUUGCACAACCUUUCAUAAAGUCUGCUUUUGUUUCACAUAUUAGAGAGUACACACCGUGCCAACCUGAAGCACAAAAGUUCCUACACAAAACUCCUGUCUUCGCAGCUUUUGUGUGACAAGAGCAGUUUACAGUCUUGGGCCGUAGAAGGAAGCUUCACUUGUUUCUCGCAUUUGUGACGUUGAGUGCCCUUGUGCAGCUCCGAUACGUGGCUUAGGCUUAUCUUUGUCCUAUGCAGAGCAUUUCCUUUUCACUUUUUUGAAAGUUGCAAUUCAUAUGAUUUAUAUAAACUUUUUAAAUGUAGGCACUUUUACUUCCAUACCUCCUCUGGAGACACAGCAUAAAAGGCUUUCACACUCUGCCUUCGACCCCCGCCCCUCCCCACCCUGGCUUUUUCCCUCUUCUCUGCUUCUUUGACUCAUGGUAUUGGGCUGUUCAGUGGACAUGAAAGCUCCGGUGUCUGUACCCUUACUCUAAAUUUGCUGUGCUAAACGCUAUGUUUUAUAACACGAUAAUGGUGUUUCCCUUCUAAUUUCUCAGAUGUUAACUGAUCACUCAAUUCUGUACUAUUACUAAUAUUUGACAAUUGUUUAAAUAAAAGGAACUUUAUAAUGAAACAAAUAGUUGAGAAGACUGGCCCAGGAGUCUUUGUCAGGAUGAAAUGAAUUCUGGUAAAUGAUUUUAAGGACUUACAAGAAGCUCGGAGAAUUGUGGCAAUGAGGGCGAGUCUCAGGAAGGCAAGACUGCUGUGAAAGUAUGUAGAUGCUGGUGUCUGAGAUGCCACUUCAGUGAGUACCACCUUGAUUUUCUUUUGGUUUAUCUCAUCAGCACAAGCCGUAGGUCAUUACUGGGCCUCACUGAGAGCAGCUCCUCUUCCAGGCUUCCAGGCUGUGGCAGGACGGGGGUCGGGAGCCGGAGAUGCUACUGUUGGAUCUUCAUCUCCAACUCAUACAGACCUCCCCUCACCCCUUCCGUACCCAGGCAUCCUAUCUAGGUCUGGGCUUCUCUGUGUACAGCAUUCCUGUGCUCCCAGAUCAUACUGCUGGGAUGCAGCGCCUGCACUUGCGAUCCCUGCCCACCCCCAAAGCAGGAAAGCAAUGAAAUCAGUACUGUGCUCCUUUCUGAGUCUAAGGAUCAAUGAGACAUAAACACAUGUAUUUGUAGUGAGAACAGGUAGGUUAUUCCCCAAUGUGUAUACCUACACAAUUGAUUUCAGAAUUUUAAAAUAUCCCAAAGUCACAUUUAUUGUACUUAGUCUUUGGUUUUCACAUGAACAUUUGCAAACUGUCACCAUUAAGUCCAAACCUCAGACAAGAUGGGCAGAGAGACCAUGUUAUUCCUGGCCAUGAGAGGAUCCCUGCGGUUCAUGGCAUCUGCUGGAGUUUUGCUUCAUAGUAUACAAUAUUUAACCUACCUCAGAACUUGUUGAGGAUCUGUGAGAUACUGAGUAAGUGCCCAAAAGUAAAGUAUUGACUAUCUUUUUAUUAAAGAUAAAUUCCUCAUUAAACCAACCUGCCUUCUGUAGUCACGUGCUUAAAAUCUCAGGAUUUUCCAUUGAGAGAACCCUAUAGAUGAGAAUUUGUGGGUGUGAUCGCUUAGCCUCCAUUACUGGUGCUUGGGAUACAGAAGUUUAAUGUUUUCUAUUUUUUUGUUCUGCCUCGUAGCUCAGAUUACUGAUAUUUUUUGCAAGCUCCUUGAUCAGUGUUUGAAGAUUUUUGAUGAAAUGAGUUUAGCUGUCCAUUUCUGUUAUUUCAAAGUUGUGCUUUGAGAAUGGCUCAUUUUAAUCAUCAUCCUAUUUACCAUAAGUUAAGGUUAAAAUAAACUGAAGUUGGAGAUAAAUACUUGUGAAAACUGGCUGUCAAAGUCUCAGAAAAAUUAGCAAUCUGUGUCCAGUGGGUCCAACUUUAGACAGUGCAGUUUUGAGAAGCCUUUCAUUCUUGAUGACUGCAUCUUUCCUUGGCAGUUUAGAAUAGUGUUGCUCUGAUGACUUGGAAGGAAUAUGUCUGUGGUCUGCAAGUUGCUCAGUAAUCUUAUGCUUCUGACCUAAAAAAAAAAAAGGUUUUAAGCAUUGAUCAAGACAGGCCCGUGAAGGCCUCUGCUUGUUAAUUACAUCUACAGUUAGACUUGGUUCUUUUUACUUGAUGUAACAAAAGUAUACCUCUAAAUAUUUACUGAUGCUUUCUACUAAACCAGACUUGUACUCUUACUUGACCCAAAUACAGUGGUGUUUUAUCCAGUCUAAUGUAGUCUCUCCUCACGCUGUGUUCCAA